ACAGCUAGGAAGAACCCCAGUCUGUGGGUCUCUAGAGCCUACUCACUUGCGGUGAUUCCCAGGGGACCAGGCUCAGGACUCAGGUGGGGAGCCCUGGGCUUACUCAGUGCUUGACUGGCCAGAGGGGAGAAUCCGAGUGGCGGCCCCACCCUUGCCUAGCAUUCAGGACCACCCAUGCAAGGGAGGAGCCAGCACCGUCACUAGUUACUAGGCGGAGGGGUAGUGAUGGUGGAAUAUAGAGCUCAUGUGAUCCGUCACAUGACAGCAGAUCUGCGGAAGGGCAGAAUGGGACUCCAAGCCUGCCUCCUAGGGCUCUUUGCCCUCAUCCUAUCUGGCAAAUGCAGUUACAGCCCGGAGCCUGACCAGCGGAGGACGCUGCCCCCAGGCUGGGUGUCCCUGGGCCGUGCGGACCCUGAGGAAGAGCUGAGUCUCACCUUUGCCCUGAGACAGCAGAAUGUGGAAAGACUCUCGGAGCUGGUGCAGGCUGUGUCGGAUCCCAGCUCUCCUCAAUACGGAAAAUACCUGACCCUAGAGAAUGUGGCUGAUCUGGUGAGGCCAUCCCCACUGACCCUCCACACGGUGCAAAAAUGGCUCUUGGCAGCCGGAGCCCAGAAGUGCCAUUCUGUGAUCACACAGGACUUUCUGACUUGCUGGCUGAGCAUCCGACAAGCAGAGCUGCUGCUCCCUGGGGCUGAGUUUCAUCACUAUGUGGGAGGACCUACAGAGACCCAUGUUGUAAGGUCCCCACAUCCCUACCAGCUUCCACAGGCCUUGGCCCCCCAUGUGGACUUUGUGGGGGGACUGCACCGUUUUCCCCCAACAUCAUCCCUGAGGCAACAUCCUGAGCCGCAGGUGACAGGGACUGUAGGCCUGCAUCUGGGGGUGACCCCCUCUGUGAUCCGUAAGCGAUAUAACUUGACCUCACAAGACGUGGGCUCUGGCACCAGCAAUAACAGCCAAGCCUGUGCCCAGUUCCUGGAGCAGUAUUUCCAUGACUCAGACCUGGCUCAGUUCAUGCGCCUCUUCGGUGGCAACUUUGCACAUCAGGCAUCAGUAGCCCGUGUGGUUGGACAACAGGGCCGGGGCCGGGCCGGGAUUGAGGCCAGUCUAGAUGUGCAGUACCUGAUGAGUGCUGGUGCCAACAUCUCCACCUGGGUCUACAGUAGCCCUGGCCGGCAUGAGGGACAGGAGCCCUUCCUGCAGUGGCUCAUGCUGCUCAGUAACGAGUCAGCCCUGCCACAUGUGCAUACUGUGAGCUAUGGAGAUGAAGAGGACUCCCUCAGCAGCGCCUACAUCCAGCGGGUCAACACUGAGCUAAUGAAGGCUGCCGCUCGGGGUCUCACCCUGCUCUUCGCCUCAGGUGACAGUGGGGCCGGGUGUUGGUCUGUCUCUGGAAGACACCAGUUCCGCCCUACCUUCCCUGCCUCCAGCCCCUAUGUCACCACGGUGGGAGGCACAUCCUUCCAGGAACCUUUCCUCAUCACAAAUGAAAUUGUUGACUAUAUCAGUGGUGGUGGCUUCAGCAAUGUGUUCCCACGGCCUUCAUACCAGGAGGAAGCUGUAACCAAGUUCCUGAGCUCUAGCCCCCACCUGCCACCAUCCAGUUACUUCAAUGCCAGUGGCCGUGCCUACCCAGAUGUGGCUGCACUUUCCGAUGGCUACUGGGUGGUCAGCAACAGAGUGCCCAUUCCAUGGGUGUCUGGAACCUCGGCCUCUACUCCAGUGUUUGGGGGGAUCCUAUCCUUGAUCAAUGAGCACAGGAUCCUUAGUGGCCGCCCCCCUCUUGGCUUUCUCAACCCAAGGCUCUACCAGCAGCAUGGGGCAGGACUCUUUGAUGUAACCCAUGGCUGCCAUGAGUCCUGUCUGGAUGAAGAGGUGGAGGGCCAGGGUUUCUGCUCUGGCCCUGGCUGGGAUCCUGUAACAGGCUGGGGAACACCCAACUUCCCAGCUUUGCUGAAGACUCUACUCAACCCCUGACCCUUUCCUAUCAGGAGAGAUGGCUUGUCCCCUGUCCUGAAGCUGGCAGUUCAGUCCCUUAUUCUGCCCUAUUGGAAGCCCUGCUGAACCCUCAACUAUUGACUGCUGCAGACAGUUUAUCUCCCUAACCCUGAAAUGCUGUGAGCUUGACUCCCAACCCCACCAUGCUCCAUCAUACUCAGGUCUCCCUACUCCUGCCUUAGAUUCCUCAAUAAGACACUGUAACUAGCAUUUUUUGAAUGCCUCUCCCUCUGCAUCUCAUCUUUCUCUUUUCAAUCAGGCUUUUCCAAAGGGUUGUGUACAGACUCUGUGCACUAUUUCACUUCAUAUUCACUCCCCAAUUCACUGCAAGGAGACCUCUACUGUCACCUUUUACUCUUUCCUACCCUGACAUCCAGAAACAAUGGACUGCAGUGCAUACUUCUCAAUCUUUGCUUUAUGGCCUUUCCAUCAUAGUUGCCCACUCCCUCUCCUUACUUAGUUUCCAGGGCUUAACUUCUCUGACCACUCUUGUCUUCCUCUCUCAUCAACUUCUGCUUCUUCAUGGAAUGCUGACCUUCAUUGCUCCAUUUGUAGAUUUUUCCUCUUCUCAGUUUACUCAUUGUCCCCUGGAACAAAUCACUGACAUCUACAACCACUACCAUCUCACUAAAUAAGACUUUCUAUCCAAUAAUGAUUGAUACCUCAAAUGUAAGAUGUGUGAUACUCAACAUUUCAUCGUCCACCUUCCCAACCCCAAACAAUUCCAUCUCGUUUCUUCUUGGUAAAUGAUGCUAUGCUUUUUCCAACCAAGCCAGAAACCUGUGUCGUCUUUUCACCCCACCUUCAAUCAACAAGUCCUAAUGACUGCACCUCUUAAAUAUAUCUUUAUCAGUCCACAAGUCCUUCCAAUUAUAUUUCCCAAGUAUAUCUAGAACUUAUCCACUUAUAUCCCCACUGCUACUACCUUAGUUUAGGGCUAUAUUCUCUUGAAAAAAACAGUGUCCUUACUUCCUGCCAAUCCCCAAGUCAUCUUCCAGAGUAAAAUGCAAAUCCCAUCAGGCCACUUGGAUGAAAACCCUUCAAGGAUUACUGGAUAGAAUUCAGGCUUUUUUUUUGUUUUUCCCCCAAUCAUAGCUCACAAACCUUCCUUGCUAUUUGUUCUUAAAUAAAAAAUCAUUUUUCCUCCUCCCUCCCCAAACCCCAAGGAACUCUCACUCUUGCUCAAGCUGUUCCGUCCCCUUACCACCCCUGAUACAAUUGCCUGGUUAAAUUCCAGAAUUCUUGCAAGACUCAGUUCAGAAGUCACCUUCUCUCCUGAAUGUUUUGAUUCCCUGAGGCUACUUUAUUUUGGUAUGGCUGAAAAAUCCUAGAUUUUCUAAACAAAACCUGUUUGAAUCUUGGUUCUGAUAUGGACUAGGAGAGAGACUGGGUCAAGUAAGCUUAUCUCCCUGAGGCUGUUUCCUCGUCUGUUAAGUGUGAAUAUCAAUACCUGCCUUUCAUAAUCACCAGGGAAUAAAGUGGAAUAAUGUUGAUAACAGUGCUUGGCACCUGGAAGUAGGUGGCAGAUGUUAACGCCCUUCCUCCCUUGCACUGCGCCCCCUGUGCCUACCUCUAGCAUUGUAACGACCACAUAGUAUUGAAAUGGCCAGUUUACUUGUCUGGCUUCCUUUCCAAGACCGUUGGUGCCUAGAGGACUAGAAUCGUGUCCUAUUUAACUUUGUAUUCCCAGGUCCUAGCUCAGGAGUUGGCAAAUAAGAAUUAAAUGUCUGCUACACUGAAAA